AUGAUAUGGAAAAAUAAAAGCAUUAUUGAUAUCGAACGUAAACCUGCAUUUAUUGAUUCUUCUGAUCAUCUGCAAUCAGUUUUGUCACCGAAUCUUCGAUGGUGCACUGCUAAUCCAUUUUUAAAACCUUAUAAUCAAAAUGUAAUACUUGACUUAGAACUUCAAUGGAUCUCAUGGAAACGCAGUCAACUACUGCUUACAUAUCAAAUUUUGAGCAAGUACGCGCUUCAAAUUGGAGAUUGGGGUGGAAGUAUGGUUCAUCUUGCGUAUCCUUCAUCACUGCCAUUGCCUUGUCCCUAUAAAAAUAACCUGACCCGUAUUGGUGGAGUUGAUGAUGGUAACAAAAUAUUAUGUGGGGUGGAAAUUUUGAAGCCACUUAAUAAUUGUGUCGUAUAUAGCUUGGGUUCUUACAAUAAUUUCAAUUUUGAAUUUGCCUUGCUCAAGCAAACAUCUUGUGCAAUUCAUACAUAUGAUUGCACGAGUCCAUCACCAGGAGCACCGAUAGAUCGAUUGACUUUUCAUCAAAUUUGUUUAGGCGAUGCAUCAAAUUUGCAAAAAUUUAUGUAUCCUCAUAAUUCAAAGCCAAAAAGUCAAAUAUUUAACAACGCAUUACUUUUCAAGAGUUUUGAUAAAAUAUUGAAAGAAAAUAAGCAUGAAGAAGUUCAUAUUCUUAAGAUGGAUAUUGAAGGAGGAGAAUAUUCAGUUUUUGCUGACCUAUUAUGUCGUGCAAAUGGAACAAGUUUACCUUAUCAAAUAUCUUUCGAGUCACAUUGGUGGAACCGUGACAUAUACCAUGCAAUACUACACCAGAAAAUGUUUUCUCAAUUAUGGGAAUUAGGCUAUCGAAUUCUAAAUCAUGAAUACAAUGCCGGCGAUCAUACUUGUGUAGAAUGGACAUUAUUGAGAGUUUUCUGCUAA